GUCGAGGUCAGAUUUUAAUGGUGACGUUUCUAUGUGGUCCUGGACGGAAGAAGAGGUUUUGUGUUUGUUCGGAUUCCACUGGGUACUAUUACGACUGCUGGUAAUCAGAGUGUAAAAGGCAAGGAUUGCCCCUUUUCUCCUGUUAUCACACCACAUAACGCCUCAUCGUUCAGCUGGGUUACCUUAUGGAUUGAGUCUGAGGAUCUUCGUAUUGAACAGCCGAGCAGGGAUUCCUUUUUUACGAUUCAGUUGUGUUUACAACUGCGUUUUCACCGGAUUUUUGGUUUUUAAGAAGCUGUCAAAAUGGUGUUAGCUGAUCUUGGAAGAAAAAUAACAUCGGCGUUGCGUUCGCUGAGCAAUGCAACAAUCAUCAACGAAGAGGUUUUAAAUGCCAUGCUGAAAGAAGUCUGUGCGGCAUUACUAGAAGCAGACGUAAACAUAAAACUAGUUAAGCAGUUAAGAGAAAAUGUCAAGGCAGCAAUAGAUCUUGAAGAAAUGGCAUCUGGUCUUAACAAAAGAAGAAUGAUACAGCAUGCAGUUUUCAAAGAACUAGUCAAGCUUGUUGAUCCGGGGGUCAAAGCCUGGACACCAACGAAAGGAAAAAAUAAUGUCAUCAUGUUUGUUGGUCUUCAGGGGAGCGGAAAAACAACAACCUGUUCAAAGUUGGCAUAUUACUAUCAAAGGAAAGGCUGGAAAACAUGUUUGAUAUGUGCAGACACAUUCAGAGCAGGUGCUUUUGAUCAGCUGAAACAGAAUGCAACAAAAGCAAGAAUUCCUUUCUACGGCAGUUACACAGAGAUGGACCCAGUUAUUAUAGCUGCAGAUGGUGUGGAAAAGUUCAAAAAAGAAAAUUUUGAAAUAAUAAUCGUUGACACCAGUGGUCGUCAUAAACAGGAAGACUCCUUGUUCGAAGAAAUGCUUCAGGUUUCCAAUGCUGUGCAACCAGAUAACAUUGUGUAUGUGAUGGACGCGUCUAUCGGUCAGGCUUGUGAAGCACAAGCCAAAGCUUUCAAAGAUAAAGUAGACGUGGCGUCUGUGAUUGUGACCAAACUGGAUGGACAUGCAAAGGGAGGAGGUGCUCUCAGUGCCGUUGCUGCCACCAAAAGUCCUAUAAUUUUCAUCGGUACUGGAGAGCACAUUGAUGACUUUGAGCCAUUUAAAACCCAGCCUUUCAUCAGCAAGCUUCUUGGUAUGGGAGACAUUGAGGGAUUGAUAGACAAAGUCAAUGAACUUAAGCUGGAUGACAAUGAAGAGUUGAUAGACAAGUUGAAACAUGGUCAGUUUACAUUGAGAGACAUGUAUGAGCAGUUUCAAAACAUCAUGAAAAUGGGACCUUUUAGUCAGAUCAUGGGCAUGAUUCCAGGAUUUGGAACAGAUUUCAUGAGCAAAGGUAAUGAGCAGGAGUCAAUGGCCAGGCUGAAGAAACUAAUGACAAUAAUGGACAGUAUGAAUGACCAAGAGCUGGACAGUAAAGAUGGUGCCAAGCUUUUUAGCAAACAGCCUAACAGAAUUCAGAGAGUGGGACGAGGAGCUGGUGUUGCCACCAGAGAUGUACAGGAGCUUUUAACACAGUAUACCAAAUUUGCACAGAUGGUGAAAAAGAUGGGCGGCAUCAAGGGACUGUUCAAAGGUGGUGAUAUGUCCAAGAAUGUCAACCCAUCACAGAUGGCAAAAUUGAAUCAGCAAAUGGCAAAAAUGAUGGAUCCCAGAGUUCUUCACCACAUGGGUGGCAUGGCUGGGCUCCAGUCUAUGAUGAGACAGUUUCAGCAAGGUGCUGCAGGCAACAUGAAAGGCAUGAUGGGAUUCAACAAUAUGUGAAGACAAAGCCGUAAUAAACUGUGUCAUUAAACCUUAUUUAAAACAGUCAUAUUUCAGGAAACAAAAGUUGUGGUGGGGUGCGUUUCAGCUUUUUACUGCCCAACAGUCUGAAUUUCUUCAAAUAACUGAACAAAUGAAUUUCAGUUUUAUAAAGCGGUGUUUUAGUGUUUAAUUUCCCCCCAGCAACACUACUCACUUUUAAACAUUUCAGUGAUAUUAAUCUGCAAAUAGGGACAGUGCGCCCCCUAUAUGACGCUGUAGUUGGGAGCAGUAGUUGAGAGACUCUGCUAUUUGGGUUCCACCUUUUAUAAUGUGAAAACUAGUGUUAGUGUAAUGGCAUUAUGGGGGAAAUGGGAGCCACGACCGUACCGCCUUAUAACCUGUUUUGCAGUAUAAAGUGGGAGCCCUUUAAUUUGGAAGAGAUUUUCAGGUUUUUUUUGAAAAAUUAUAUUUCCUCUUAGUUGUAUUUUAGUCUAGCUAUAACAGGCAGGCAAUGUACCGAUGAAAAAUUAAGUAAAAUGGGGCUUUAGUCCAUGACAUUAUUUUGUCAUCAAAUGUGAUGUAUAAUAAAAUGUAAGAUUUGUAA